UUUCUGAAGACUUGUGUUGUGUUCACAUUUAGAAGAGAUGAAAGAGUAAAGGGGUUUUAAAAAAACCUAUUCUUGAUUAUUAUUUUUGUUGUUACCCUUCUUGGAAUGGAGCCGAAGAAGGAGAGGUUUGUAAGGUUCUACUCUGGUGAAAAGCAACAAGGUGGUUUUUUGGGAGGAAUAGCAGACAGUUCGAACGUAGAGAAAAAAUUCUCACCUCCAUUAUUGAACUCUGAUGGCAAAUAUAAAGUCACUGAUACUCUUAAGUUUGGGAGGCCUAAGAAGGUGUAUCCCGAGGACCAUGAGUCCUGGAGGAAGCGAAUACUUGAUCCGGGGAGUGACCUUGUAAUCCAGUGGAAUAGGAUUUUUAUUAUAUCAUGCUUGCUGGCACUGUUUGUUGAUCCAUUGUAUUUCUUUUUGCCCAUCAUACAAGGAACUAAAGAGUCGAGUUGUGUGAAAACAGAUUUGAAUUUGCGAAUUGUUGUCACCAUUUUCCGAACUAUAGCAGAUUUUUUCUAUCUAUUACAUGUGUUCAUUAAGUUCCGGACUGCUUAUGUUGCCCCAAAUACAAGGGUAUUUGGGAAGGGUGAGCUUGUAAUGGAUCCUGGAGAAAUUGCUAGAAGAUAUUUAAAAUCUGACUUUUUCAUCGAUCUGAUUGCAACUCUUCCUCUACCUCAGAUAGUCAUCUGGUUCAUUAUACCAGCGACGAGAAGCCAGCAUGCUAAUCAUAACAAUAAUGCUCUUGCGCUGAUUGUCCUAAUCCAAUACAUCCCCAGAUUGUAUCUUAUAUUUCCAUUAAGUUCACAGAUUAUCAAAGCUACUGGAGUUGUCACAAAAACUGCUUGGGCAGGGGCUGCAUAUAAUCUACUUCUCUACAUGUUGGCAAGUCAUGUUAUAGGUGCAGCAUGGUAUUUACUGUCAGUUGAUCGAUAUACUUCUUGCUGGAAAUCAAUAUGCCGAAAGGAAGACAGCUCUACGCAGUGCGUGCUUCGCUACUUGGAUUGUGAUACUUUUGACCUAAGUUCUCGUAAGAGUUGGGCAAAUAUCACCAAUGUAUUUGAAAGUUGUGAUCCAGAUGGGGAUAGUACUUUUAAAUAUGGAAUAUUUGAAAGCGCAGUUAAAAAGGAUGUUGUCUCCUCAAGUUUUAUCGCAAAGUACUUCUAUUGCUUGUGGUGGGGCUUACAACAGCUGAGUUCUUAUGGGCAGAAUUUGUCAACGAGUACAUUUAUCGGGGAGACUUCCUUUGCUAUACUUAUUGCAAUUUUGGGUCUGGUUUUGUUCGCACAUCUUAUUGGGAAUAUGCAGACAUACUUGCAGUCUUUGACGUUGAGGGUCGAGGAAUGGAGACUCAAGAGAAGAGAUACUGAAGAGUGGAUGGAGCAUCGUCAACUUCCAGAAGAUUUGAGAAAGCGGGUUAGACGUUUUGAUCAGUAUAAAUGGGUUGCUACUAGAGGAGUAGAUGAAGAGACAAUUUUACAUGGCCUGCCUACUGAUCUUCGUCGUGACAUCCAACGCCAUCUUUGCCUGGACCUUGUCCGAAGGGUUCCAUUUUUCUCCCAAAUGGAUGAUCAAUUACUUGAUGCAAUAUGUGAACGUCUAGUCUCGUCCUUAAGCACAGAAGGCACUUAUAUUGUCCGUGAAGGAGAUCCAGUCGCGGAAAUGUUGUUUAUCAUCAGAGGUAGGCUCGAGAGUUCUACAACGAAUGGUGGUCGGACUGGUUUCUUCAAUUGCAUUACAUUGAGGCCUGGAGAUUUUUGCGGAGAGGAGCUACUUGCUUGGGCUUUGCUUCCGAAAUCAACGAUCAACUUGCCUUCUUCGACCAGAACAGUCAAGGCGCUUGUUGAAGUAGAAGCAUUCGCAUUGAGAGCUGAAGAUCUCAAGUUUGUCGCCAACCAAUUUAGACGCCUUCAUAGCAAGAAGCUCCAGCAUACAUUCCGGUUCUACUCUCACCAUUGGCGCACAUGGGCAGCCUGUUUCAUUCAGGCUGCAUGGAGACGACACAAGCGGAGAACAAUGGCAAAAGAUCUUGCAGCACUGGAAUCAUUUUCUCUGGAUGAGAGUACGGUCGAUGAAGCAGAGCAAAAUGAGGAGCAUGAUCAAGGUAACGCUAGCUCAAAUCCGUCUCCAAGAAUAUCACACCUCGGAGUCACAAUAUUGGCUUCAAGAUUUGCUGCUAACACAAGAAGAGGAGCUCAAAAGCUUAAAGAUGUAAGAUUGCCUAAGUUACAGAAACCUGAAGAGCCUGACUUUUCAGCUGAGCCUGAUGACUAGAUUCCGACUGAUCGUUUCAUUGAGAUAUCGAUACGAUGACCAACUCUGAGAUUGAAGGUUUCUGCGAUACAUUCUUACACUUGGGAUCAUCGUUGUACAUGUGGAACGCGCGUUUCUAAAAGAUAAUAGUGUUGCAAGAGAGGGAGCUUUUGGCAAGGGAAUGUGGUUUUUCAUUUUCCUUUUUUGGUUAAUGUAAUUGUAUUUAAGAUUAGUGUUUUCAGUAGCAGGAUGCUAAUAUGUACUUAUAUAAAUUCAAUAACAUCUCAAGUCAUUUGUAAAAACUUAUAGUUGUUAGUUCCAUAGCACAAGUAAAUAAGUAUUUU